AGUCGGAAGUGAAGGCCCUUUGCCUCAAAGCCAUGGAAAUCCUGGUUGAAGAGAGCAAUGUUCAGAGGGUCGAUGCUCCUGUCACGGAGGAUUCCUGGAAUCUCAUUGUUAAAUCUUUUAAAUGGACUGACCAUUCGAAGCUUGGAGACCUGCUAGAUGUGGCUUAUCAAGUGGUGGAUUAUGAUCAAUGUGACACUAAAAGUAACAACUGGUGGAAAAAUAUGUGGUGACAUUCAUGGGCAGUUCUAUGACAUGAAAGAGCUUUUCAAAGUAGGAGGUGAUUGUCCAAAGACAAACUACUUGUUUCUUGGAGAUUUUGUUGACAGAGGUUUUUACUCUGUUGAAACAUUUCUGCUUCUGCUAGCUCUGAAGGUGAGAUAUCCAGAUCGAAUAACACUUAUUAGAGGAAACCAUGAGAGUCGUCAGAUCACACAGGUAUACGGAUUCUAUGACGAGUGUCUGCGUAAAUAUGGUUCUGUGAAUGUUUGGAGAUACUGCACCGAUAUAUUUGAUUACUUAAGCCUGUCGGCCCUCAUUGAGAACAGGAUUUUUAGUGUCCAUGGUGGUCUCUCUCCUGCCAUAUCCACACUCGACCAGAUCCGAACAAUAGAUCGGAAGCAAGAAGUACCCCAUGACGGUGCCAUGUGUGACCUCCUAUGGUCAGAUCCCGAAGACAUUGUAGAGGGUUGGGGAUUGAGUCCCCGGGGUGCUGGUUACUUAUUUGGUGGCAGUGUUGUCACUUCUUUUAACCAUGAGAAUAAUAUUGAUUAUAUAUGUCGUGCCCAUCAAUUGGUAAUGGAAGGAUACAAGUGGAUGUUCAAGAAUCAAAUUGUUACUGUCUGGUCAGCCCCAAAUUAUUGUUACAGAUGUGGUAAUGUAGCUGCAAUUCUUGAGCUGGAUGAGAAUCUUAAUAAGGAGUUCCGGGUGUUUGAAGCAGCUCCACAAGAAUCAAGAGGAGCUCCUGCUAAAAAACCUGCACCAGAUUAUUUUCUCUGAAAUAUGGUUCAGAAGGCUCUUGUGUUAUCAUCCAAAUAUGCUUGAUGUGAUCGACAAGAUAAUAUAUGCAUUUGCAUCAUGAAGAAUGACCUCAUUGAUACCAAAAGAAUCAGUGGAUAGGCUUCUCAAUGAUGGGCUCCCUGGAAUGGCCAAGAAGAAUCGGACUUUUGGGUUCUUGAUGGGUUUGCCUUGUUUUCCUUGCCCAUAUUUACCAUCUUUUGAUGUUUAUCUGUAAUAAUAGUGUGUAUUACAUAAUAUGUUGUGCCACUGAAUCAUUGAAUAUAGAACCCCUAAUCUGUUACCCACAAAGAGAAAAGGGGUCACAUAAGGGGAGGAAUCUUUUUCCUUUCUCUUGGAAAUAUGAACACAAAAGAUAGGGUUGUGGAUCCUGAAGGAGAUAAUUGGAAGCAUCAUGAAAAAGGUUUUCAAGUUGGGUUAUGAUUCCUUGGAGCAAUAAAAUUGCUUUAUAAUUCA